AUGAAGCCAGCAGAGAUCAGAUUCUCGCUACAGAGACCUCUACAGCACAGAGAUCCAGCCAUGGCACCUACUGUCACUGCGGCAAUGACCGGUUCUCAGGAGCAUCCAACUCUGACCCACAAGCUCAGAAAGCCUCUGGUGGAGAAGUUACGCAGAGAGCGAAUUAACAGCAGCAUUGAGCAGCUCAAGUCUCUGCUGGGUCCAGAGUUCCUGAAACAGCAGCCAGACUCCAAACUGGAGAAGGCAGACAUCCUGGAGAUGACAGUUUGCUUCCUGAGACGACUGCAGCAGCAGCGUCAAGCUGUGAACUCUGCAACAGUCGAUCAGGGCUACUCCAGGUGUGUCCAAGAAAUGGUCCAUUUCCUGUCCAAAGAUGAGGUGAAGACUCAGUCCCAGAGAAGACUGCUGAACCAUGUCAACAACCUGAAUGCUUCUUCUAACAAGAACCUGAGAGAGGCCAACUUACCUAGCUCCACAGUCCAGACGAGCUUCAUCAAAGACAAAAGUCCAGUCAGCACUGCUCUAUGGAGACCUUGGUAGAAGCCUUGGAAGGACUUGUGUAAAAGUGUGCUUGGAAGUAAAAACUCUAUCUUCGUAGAAGUACCUGUAAUUGUACUUGUUUCUGGGGUUAUCUUAUUUUGAAGGGUUAUU